AUGUCGCUGAAACAAAAUCAAUCGAAAUCAGAUCCUCAACAAAAGUCUGAUCCGGACAUCAACCGUCCCAAAGCGAAUGCACAGGUCUUGCGUACGAUUCUAUCCGAUACAAAGCAGAUGUCACUUGAUGAAGUUCAAAUUCGAAGAACAAACAUUCCUCUAGCCCCAACUUCAAGUGCUCCGGCGGAUAGUGUGAAACGAACAUCAUCGACUCCGACUGUGAACAAACCUGUUGGCUCAUUCCGGUAA